AUGGACACCCCAAAACGUGCCUUAGAAAAAAGCCGUGACCUGGCUAAACUUGUCGGAUGUAAUCGUACAAAUAUUCAUGAUAUAGCACGUUGUCUUCGAAGAGUACCUCCUGCCGAGUUUGUUGAUCAAUUGUGGAAUAUUCCAACUCUCGGAUUUCUUGAAUUUCCUCUUGUUAUCGUUUCAAAGGAUGCAAAUUUUUUUACUAAAGAAGAUGCAUUUAUCGCAUUAAGGAACAAAAAUUUCGCUCAAGAUGUUAAUUUAAUGAUUGGAAUAAACAGCGAUGAAGGGGCAUUUUGGAAUAUUUACAAUCUCCCAAAAUUUUUCGAUCACCAAACCCAACCACUAAUGGGAAUUAAUGAAUUUAAUGAAUGUGUAAAUACAGCUUUUGCUCGUUUACCUGAGGUUAUUAGAGCUGCGGCAGCAUAUGUUUAUACAGGAAAUAAUCGUUGUGAUUAUGCAAAUGGACAGCAUCGUUUUCUUGCUGAUCAAGUUAAUCAAAUGGUUGGCGAUUAUUUCUUCACUUGUGAUUCUCUUUGGUUUGCAGAUCAGUUUGAUGAUUCACCUGGACAUGUUUAUAUUUAUUAUUUUGAUGAACCUUCAAGUGCUAAUCCUUGGCCUAAAUGGACAGGUGUAAUGCAUGGUUAUGAAAUUGAAUUUGUAUUUGGUAUUCCUUUAUAUAAUACUUCUGCUGGAUAUUCUAAUAGAGAAAGAACUUUAAGUAAGAAAAUGAUUCAACUUUGGACAUCAUUUGCCACAACUGGUGUUCCAUCAUUAUCUGAUCAUCGAGAAGAUCGACUACACUGGCCACAAUAUCACAGUCAAAAUGCCCCUAGAUGGAUGCAUUUAAAAGCGUCACAUUUAAAGCAAGUUUAUCACAAGCAAAAUUUUAUAAAUCUUAAAUAUUAA